GCCUGGACGCAUACGAGGAGACGAACCACCAAAUCCCACUAUAGGAUAUGCGGGUCAGGAGCAUGCACAGGAAGAGUUCCGACGUUCUCACGCUGUGCAUCCUUCUGUACAUGGGACGCGGAAAAGGAAGAUAAUACCCACGAUAAAGUUUACAAGAGAUGGAGAUACUCCCAGGCCAAUGCAUGUGCCUGUCAUAGACCCGCCAACAAGCCAUGAAGCGUACACUCCACACUAUCAACAACAUGGGAACCAGAGGCGUCUUCCCAAUCCGCACCCGGCCAUAUACGAUGAACAUAAAUAA